UUCAUGUUCCCGUGCGCGGGCAGCAGCUCAGAAGCUAGCUGAUAGCUAGCUAGCUAUUUAUAUCAAAAUGCAUAUUUUUUUCGCCAGCCGAGGGAAUGCCUUCAGAGGCAAAUAAAUGCAUACGUGAAACGACACCGUUUGUGGGGCGAUUUGGGAAAUCGCGGGGGAAUUUUCACCCAUUUAAAUGACCCGCAAAUCCCAUUUUUUCGGCCCCUGGAGCCACAGCGCUCGAACAAGAGAGCAUCCGAGCACCGUUUGCGGAUGUGAAGACGGGACCUAAUGUUAUUUGGGGGUGUAGCUAACCUACGGUAGACUGGCAUUUCGUCCGGAAUACUUAGCAGGCUUGACUGAACGCUCCAGAUACCACCUGAAGGCCACAAGAAAGUGAAAGUAGGAGAUUCUCUUCUAUCUCUUCGCACAAGUCUGAUCUCCACACAGCUGUUCUCUUCUCAUCCAUCACAGCUCCUUCACCAAGGGCCCGUGUCGGUUCUUCAGUGCCACUUGCUGCAAUGGAUUGGGCCACACCAGCUGCCAAACUAAAUCCCUACACCCGAGCCCGCAUGACAGAGGCGUGGCAGCAGCAUGCAGUCGCUCCACCCCAAGUCGUCCACACCAUCCCUCCAGGAGCUGAGAACGCGCUGGGCUGUGCGGUGUAUGGCAUCGUACUGCAGCCGGAUGCUACGUCUUUACAGCAACAGCAACAGACCCAGCAUGGACAGCACAGCCAACACAGCCAACAACACAGUGGGAGUCAGCAGCAUGGAGGUGGGCAGCACAGUCAGCAGCAGCAGCACCCCGCCCAGGCCCAGCAGACUUCCCUACAGGUGGGGACAGAAGGACACAAAUGUGGGGCCUGUGGACAUGAUAUAUCCCACCUGGCCAACCCACAUGAACAUCAAUGCAUGGUGAAUCAGGACAGGUCAUUUCAGUGCACCCAGUGCAUGAAGAUUUUUCAUCAGGCGACAGACUUGCUAGAACACCAGUGUGUUCAGGUGGAGCAGAAGCCUUUUGUGUGUGGGGUGUGUAAGAUGGGUUUCUCCCUACUUACCUCUUUAGCCCAGCACCACACAUCCCAUAAUAGCACCAACCCAAUGAAGUGUUCAAUAUGUGAGAAGACCUACCGACCUGGCUCUUCUGGCAACAUCACACCCAACUCAAAUAAUCCCCAGCAGCCCAGCAGUGACGGGGCGUCAGCCAGCAGCAGCUCAUCCAUUCUACCCUUUCCCUCGGCCCGAGACCGACCGUACAAAUGCUCCGUUUGCCAGAAGGGUUUCAAACACCUGUCAGAACUCACACGGCAUGAGAGGGUGCACACAGGGGAAAAGCCCUUCAAAUGUGACACAUGUGACAAGGCCUUCAGCCAGUCGUCACACCUACAGCACCACCAGCGAACACACAGCAGUGAACGCCCAUUUAAGUGUGCUGUUUGUGAAAAGAGUUUCAAGCAUCGUUCCCACCUCGUGCGCCACAUGUACGUGCACUCUGGUGAGCACUUGUUCAAAUGCAACUUAUGCGAGCUGCACUUCAAAGAGUCAUCGGAGCUCCUUCACCACCCCUGCCACCCGCAGGGUUCCCGCCCAUUCCGUUGUGCCACAUGCGGUAAGGGUUUCAAGCGGCCGUCUGACCUUCGGCAACACGAGCGCACACACUCGGAGGAGCGUCCCUUCCACUGUGACGAGUGUCAGAUGAGCUUCAAGCAGCAGUAUGCACUGGUGCGCCACCGACGCACACACAAAGACCCUACUGACCGGCCAUUCAAAUGCAAUCUGUGCGACAAGGGCUUCAUGCAGCCCUCUCACCUCCUCUACCACCAGCACGUCCACGGCAUGGACAACCUGUUCAAGUGCGCCUCAUGCCAAAAGGAGUUCAGCCAGUCAGGAGAGCUGCUCAGACACAAGUGUGGCGAGUCGUCCAACUCCUCGCCGGACAAGCCGUACAAGUGUGAUGUUUGCGGUAAGGGCUACAAGAAGAGUUCUACAUUACAGCGUCAUCAAAACUCUCACUGCCAAGAGAAACCCCUUAAGUGCUCGCUCUGCGACCGCCGCUUCUUGUCCUCUUCGGAAUUUGUCCAGCACCGCUGUGACCCAUCACGGGAAAAACCGCUGAAGUGCCCUGACUGUGAGAAACGUUUCAAAUACUCAUCAGACCUGAACCGGCACCGGCGUGUGCACACGGGGGAGAAACCCUACAAAUGCGGCCACUGCAACAAGGGCUUCAAACAGCGCGAGCACCUCACCAAACACCAGAGCACACACUCAAGAGAAGGCCAGUUCAAGUGUGUUUGGUGUGGUGAGCGAUUCAGUGACUUGGGCUCCUUGCAGGAUCACACGGUGCAGCACACGGCUGAUGGCGGUGGUUACCCAGUGCCCCAGUGCAUAUAAAACCUUGAAGACUUUUUCCAUUGAACAGACAGUCUAGGCUAUUCAUGCAGCCUAACUAUCACCACAUUUGCAGGACAGUCCAGUCUGUUACUAUUGCAUUCAUUCCCACCAGUGAUACAUCAAGAUUUUGUUGCUUUACUAACUCGCGCAAAGCCCUUUAGUACUGUGACCCCAUCAUUCCAUCAGAUCCUGAGCUUUUCUUUCCCUGCACUUUGCUUUUUGUUCCACCUCUUUUCUUCUUAUACCUGUCCUUUUAUUCUCCGCCCCACAAUCAGACAGUUAAUAGUAGUGAAAAGGCCACAACCACUUAACCUGCCAUAUUUAAUCAGACUGUUGCACACAGAAACAGGUGCCAUAAUGCAUGUUGACCAGCAAAUACUUAUAUCCCUCCUAAAGUCCUCCCCUCACACAAGGAAAAAAAAGAAUUGUCCCUUAAUUGUCUAAUAAGACAGCCAUUGUUUUUAGUAUUUUUAAAAAUUGUAUGGCACUAAUUAUGUUUUAUGGUGUACUGAGAUUUAAUAGACAGAGAACUGCUAAACUGAUGAGGCCAGAAACUGUCCUGACUGCUAGACUGUCCACUAGAGGGGGUCGUUCCCUUGUUUUUCUUCCUCCCCCUCUCUCCCUCAGAUAACAUUUCUUUCCCGCUCUUCAGUUUCUCCCUCCCUCAUUCUUUCAUUCAUUUUCGUUGUCCUUUGCUUCCUCCUCUCGCUGUCUCAGCCUGUCUCUGUUUUGUAUCAGGAAGAGUGGAAAGUCUGACUAAAACCUCAGACACACAUGUACUCACAGUCAUUUGUCUUUGGUUAGGUGAAGGAUGACUGAAAACACUUUUGGUUUUCUUCUCCCCACGGUAAUACAGAAACUGUGUAUUGACUCUUUUGGUCCCUGCGUCCAUAUCUGAUUCUUUAUGAAGUAGCCAGUAAACUCCUCAGUGAAUGUGAAGGGAAACUGUGUGUGUGGGGGGGAGUUUGGGGAUUUAUUGUCCUAUAGUGAGAUAAAUCCGAUGGUGAAAUGUCUGUGAGUGUAUGUGUGUGAGCCACGAUUUUUAUGGCUGCUACCGUUUGUACCAAAACACCAGUAUGAAGCAGCACCUGAUCCCAAAGUUGUGUAAACUGAACAACCAGCUUAAGUUAACCAUCAAGGAUUGAUACCAAUCUCACCCUUCAGUAGAGACAAAUAUAAAAAAUAUAUAUCCCCCACUAUUAUAAUGGUCAUAUUCCUGCAGACGUCAGUGCUGAUAGACUCCUGUGUGCUGAAAAUGUCCAACAUUACACUUCCUCUCUCAGCCUGUACAUACUGUGGACGUGUGAGUGUAAUGUCAGAGCUUGUCUUUCUUAAAAACAAUAUGUAAGAACUGUUUUCGUAUUCUUGCUAUUUUUUACCAUGUGAAAUGUUUUGACAAAAUGCUCAUUUGUUCUUUUUGUAGUCCAUGUAGUGAUUGUAUCGGUAUGUUGCGGGGAAUCUCACAGAGCACCCUGCGUGUGUGUGUGUGAGAGUCUGAGUGUGUGGAUGUAAACAGUAUUCUGUCUAACAGGGAAAUUCAGACUGUAGAGAAUUGUAUUAGAAAUGUUUGAGCAGACCUGCGCCUUUUUAAAAAAAAAAAAAAAAAAAAAAUUAUUAACCUUACUGGUCUGUCCGAGCUCUUUCUGCAGGACGAACCUGCACUUUGUGUUAAAUAUUUUCCAUGUUUUGAAAGAAAUAUUAAUACUGUAUUUCCUGUACAUGUUGCGUUGAGCUGGACGCUGUGUCUGUCUGUCAGAGUGGGGGUUUCUACCAGAGUGAAUGACACCUUUCCUCUUCUUUGAAUGCUAUGAGAUUCUAGUUGCUCUUAAGAAGCCUGGAAGUAUGUUUACAUGUUAGCUGUGAUCGCCAUGGUUCUUUUUUCCGUUUGAGCUGUUCCUUCCCCUCUCCUAACCUCACUGUUGAUUCAUGGUUGAAUACAAAUGGAGGAGGCCAAGGAGACGGAAGUUUAUUCUGGCUUGCAAUUAAUUUCUCUUGGUUUCAGCCUUAAAACGAGGUUGUCGUGCCUCUCUGCCUCUUCCACCUCUUCUGCUUUCUGUCUCUGUCCUUCAUCAUCAUGAGAGGUCAGAUGGUUUCAUCAGCCAUCAUGUUUUUAUUUCCUGAAUCUGGCAUUAUAAAACUGAGAACAACUUGGACUUAAAGAAGUAGGCUAUUGUAUGUUUUUUUAUGGUUUCACAUUUGUCUAUAUUGUUAUUAUUUUUAUUAAACAUUAAAUUGAUAUGAAGAUCUUUAUUCCUCCAUGGAGAGACCAGGGCCUUGGGGUACGUUUGCGAUAAAGAUGACUGUAUUUUUUUAACACGUCUGUCAGAGUUGCAUUCAGCUUUCACAAUUGUUUCUAAAGCCAAAUCACAGAAGAAACUAUCUUGAUGCAGAGAAUUCUGUCGGGUGAUGGCGCAAAACUUAAAUGACAGGAACACAUCAGGAAACAAUGAGGGCGGGUUCAUAUUUGCCAAGAACUACAAGUGCUCGAGGACUUGGUAAUUGGUGCUGACACAUCAUCAGAUGUGAAUAAUAAAAAAGUAGUCACUACAGGUGCAGGACAAGGACCUCACAUACUGUAUAAUGCAGACAGUACACUUAACGUGUAAUAAUAAUAGUACAAGUGUACGUUUAAAAACCUAAGAAGAAUUCCAACCCAGCAGCACUGGUUUAGUUAUUUGUAUUUGUAAGGGCGACUGUCUGUUAGUGCAUUAGUCCUGUGUGCGUCGAGUGCUGUUCAGGUGUGUCAGACAUUAACGGACCAACCUGAGCAUGCGGGGAGGAAUACUGCAAAGUGAAAGGGACAAGUGUACCUGUUACAUCUUGAGCAAAUAUGGGUUUAAAAAAUAACUCCAUCCCAUAUCCAACACAGUCAGGGAAAGGAGAGGAAAAUCUCCUGUAUAAGCACAAAUUCAAUAAUCCACCCCCCUGCAUUUUAGCUGGUGGUUUCAAUGGGAAAAGUCAGAUUGAGCACCAGUUUACCCCCCGCCCCCGCCAUCCUCUCUUUCCUUUUCAGUUUCAAUAAAUAAACCCGUCAGACCCUGGUGUCUCUUGCUCUCUGCAUGCUUGCUGUGUUAGUUCCUGUGUUCUGUCCCUGGGAACUGGUGCUCUCCCCUCCUCACAGCACUGUUCCCUCCCUAUAGCUUUUUCAAAUUGUACUGUAGUUUAUGUGAAUGAUGUUGAAAAAACGUGAAAAGAAAAAACUUUGUGGCGACGUACAGUACGUGUACAUUCAUGCUAAGAUUAUCUGUAUGUAUGUAGCAUUCAAUUACACACAGCACUAACAAAUAAAACUUUUUUUCAUUUAUAAACUUACAUGCGAGUCAUGCGGUUAUUUAAGCAGGGAA